AUGAUAGGAGUUGAUUUUUGCUCAUUUUUUAAUAAAAUUUUUAUUUUCUUAUUUCUCAAAGCAAGCUGUUUUGAAUUUUUUUAUUUGGGAAAUGAAUACCAGAACUCAAGCAAAGUUUUCAUAUUGUUGAAAUGCUUGCUUUCUUUUUCCAUGUAUUUAAUAUUGGUGAUGACCUUAUUUUUAUUGUUGUGGUGCAUUAUGGGAAAUAAUCUACCUUCCUAUAUGACCUGGAUUAGUAGAUCUGUGAAUGAUAUAAUACAUAUGGGGUUAGAAAAUGAUUCAGAAUCAGAUGAAUUUAAAAGUAUCAUAGAGGAUAAUACAAUUGUUGUUGAAGAUUCAACAGAUACAUCUUAUAAAGAUGCUCGAUAUUUUUAUACUGAACAUAUAUUUUCUAGUUAUACUUCAUCUGGUAGUUAUGAAAGUAUUUUAAGUACUAAAAAAUGUACAGACCUUUCAGCAUUUGAAAGCAAAGAAGAUAUUUAUAUUCUUCUAUGUUCCUUAAGUGAAAUACCUAAAAAAUGUGAAAUUUUGGGUAUAUGGUAUCAAGCAAUAUAUAUAGCAAGAAAUUCAUCUAAAAUGCAAGAGCACUUAAAGGAAUAUAUGUGUUGUCAUUUCGAGAAUUAUCCCAAAGAAGUAUUAUGUGAUUUUAAGGAAUCUAUUAAUAUAAUUUUAAGAAAUUUUUCGCAUGAGGUUUCAUUUAAAAUGUAUCCUCUUUUAAUGAAAUAUAAUAAAAGGUUCAUAAAAUUAGUUGAAAUAAAACCUAAUUUUAAUAUUAUUGUACAAUAUAUAUGGGCAUUCACAGAAUUUUUGGAUCGUAUAAAAAGAGAUAUAUAUUGUAAAUACAGAAUUGUAUGUUAUAAAUACAUUAUUGAUUAUAAAGAACACUUAAAAAAUAACAAUAAUGUUUUAUAA